AUGUGCAUUGCCCAGCAGCAAUCGGGCCACGGUAUGACUGUGUUUGUCAACCAAACACAGCAAGAUGAUUUUGGUGGCGCCCACCGAAGUUCUGAUCAAAAGGGCAUGAUUGUUAAAAAUAAACAUACCUCAGGAACUCACCCACUCGAUUUUAUCGGGAAGGAUAAGGGUACCCGCCUUCUUGAUUAUUUUGUUUCUUUUAUUCAGCAGAACAUGUUCACGAUGGGCUUCUCAUCAAUAGUUCCGGACUUGCUUCCUCUAAUUUCGACUUCCCCGCUCCUGUACCAUCCAGUGAUUGCGAUGCGAACCGACAUACCGGUGGACGAGCAUUACGGGGAGAGAAACCCCCCCUAUGUGGAUGCCAUGACCUCUUACCAUAAGUCAAUUAGUAUUUUGCGGUGCUGUGUGGGAAAAAGUAAUGUGAUGCAAAGAGAGGACGUUCUCUGGGCCACCUUUUUUCUAGGGCUGUUUGAGUUGCUUUCAGACGAUUCGGGCCAAGGCUGGGUUAAGCACAUGCUCUAUGGAACAUCAAAAAUGCUCCAGCUUGCAGGACCAAGUGAUUGCAUGUCAAUGGCCAGAAGGAUAUUCUACGACCUGUUUCGUAUUCUCGAAGCCAGUCGAGCAUUACUCUUCGAUGAAGAAACAAUCCUUUCUCAGGAAUGCUGGCUUCGACUCCAAAACAGCUUGUCGAGAAAUGCCACUCGCUGGGAGCCCUUGGAAGAGAUUAUAACGCUCAUGAUUCAGGCAUCCGCCUUCAGCCUACGAGCCGGUGCUAUAAUUGAUAAGAUUCCUGAAGGAGAACGUUUCACGGAUCCAUCAGUUGCUCUGAUUGCGGCUGAGGGACUCGAUGUCCAAGGAAAAAUCUAUAACUGGCAUACGAAGGCGUUGCUGCAGCUGGUCCAGGAUGGUUCUAAUGAAUAUUCAAAAUUAGCUUUGCUAUAUUAUCACGCGCUACUAAUCUUCCUUUCUGGCAACUAUGACUAUUUCACCUACUGGGAUAAUAUCCCAGCCCCGGUGUUAUCCCCUGCUGAAGUUUCUGAACACCUGAGUUCGAUCCUGUAUCUCUCGGGAGAGGUGUUGCGCCACUCCAAGAUCCCAGGAGUGAUGCUAUUUUUCCCAGUAACUGUUGCAGGAGCUCGAGCCCGGACGGUCGAUCAACAAUCCGAAAUUCUGAAUCUGCUCAGCCUGGUCUUCUGCAAAGGUUUUGUGGUCGCAAACAAGAUACGGGAUGGUCUGCUGAAACGGUGGGCCGAGAAGGAUCGAGAAGAGACGAUACAUCUUGCUACAUGA